AUCCUUGAAUCAUCAUAAUGGCUCACUGGAGCAGGUUUGAGAAGGAGCUGGAGUUGGAGACCCGGAGACUCAUCUCACAUUAUACUGCCAUUCAGGAUGAGGAAGAUCAAAACUUUCAAAUGGCUCUGAAGUUUACUUGGUCCAAUUUCAAGUUUCACCAUUUUCUUGAUGUCAACAGACAUAAUGUGCAGCGAUCCAUUAAUGGGAUUCAUGAGAAACUCAUGGUUCACUCUGACUUAAGCAAAGCAGAGAGCUGGAUACGGCUAACUGAAGAAUUUCUCAGUUCUUCUCUUCCUAAUACCGAGGGAACCAAGACUGAUGCCCAUUACAGUAUGCUGGCUUUAUUACUCCAUCUGUCUGACUCUCCAUCCAACACAAACUACUGUGAAAGACCCAGACUGAAAGAAACAGAGAAAGAAGACAAGUUUGAUUGGCCAAAGUACCUCAUGGAAGGAGAAGAAAUUGAUACUGGGCCCUUUCCAGACACUCCAGACUGGUCUGAGGAAGAGAGUGAAGAAGAAGAUAGCCAGCAGCCCCUGAGCAGAGAGGAUUCUGGUAUACAGGUAGACAGAACGCCACAGGAGGACCACGAGCAGAAUGAUAAGACUGUCCAAGUCACCUGGACUGUGGGGGAGCCGGACUCCAGGGCUUGGUUGGAGCAGCAUAUUGUCACUUCAUAUUGGGUUCCCAACUCUCCCCGGUUUCCACACAGCCUCCACCUGCACUCCAACCUUUAUAACGUCUGGGAUCAACACCUGUAUAACACUGGGCCUCUCUAUCUUCCUGAGGAAAAGUCUUUUGUUACAGAAACACAAGUGAUUCGGGAAACUCUUUGGCUCUUCUCUGGUGUAAAAAAACUUUUCAUUUUCCAGCACAGUGAUGGCAAGGUGACUGUGAGGAAUGAUGUGGUGGUCACUCAUCUAACUAAUAACUGUCUUCACUCUGUACUGGAGCACAUAGCGGCCUAUGGGCAGGCUGUUUCCCGUCUGCAAAAGUUUAUUGAUGAAGUGACCGGCCACAGCGUAGAGCCCUGUCCUCCAGGUCUUAACUCCACGUCAUCCUCUUCGUCCUCCAAGAAGAGCUCCGAGCCUCCCUUCCGGACCUACCAAGCAUUCGUUUGGGCCCUGUACAAAUACUUCACCAGCUUUAAAGAAGAGCUCAAUAAUAUCGAAAAAGACAUUAUUGCCAAAGAUGAGACAGUGACUCUAUCAUCUGUGCUGGAACGGUUAAGUCCUCAUCUGGCUCAGAUCACGAUGCUGCACAGGGUUUUCUGCACAGGAGUGGCUGAAGUGCCACCAGGAACGCCCAACGUAUUACGAGCAUCACACUUACUCAACACCCUCUACAAGGCCAUCAUAGAAUAUGACAGCGCAGGCGAGGCCUCUGAGCAGUCUGUGGCACUCCUUUUCUCUCUCUGGGUAGAAACGGUCCGGCCGUACCUUGAGAUUGUAGAUGAAUGGAUCGUUCACGGUCACUUAUUUGACCCCGCCAAAGAGUUUAUAAUUCAGAGGAACAAGGAUGUACCAGUAAACCACAGGGACUUCUGGUAUGCCACUUACACGCUGUAUAGCGUCUCUGAGACGGUGGAGAACGAGGAGAGGCUCAGCGACGCUGCCAGUGGAAGCUCUGGUGGGGAGCAGGCGUCCAGCAGCAGACAGCACACCAUGGUGUCCUUCCUCAAGCCUGUACUCAAGCAGAUCAUCAUGGCUGGCAAAUCCAUGCAGCUGCUGAAAAACCUGGACUGCAAGGAGACCGAACAGCCAGAUGGCUCCUCCAGAGAUGCCGAAAGAAAGAGUCUGUACACGCUUUUCUUGGAGUCAGUGCAGACACGUCUUCGGUAUGGAGAAGAAUCACCUACGAACAUGGUUACCGAGCAACAGGCCACUAAAAAGAGCCUUAUCAAGAUGCAGUCCAUUGUAGCACGUCAUCUGGAGCUGGAUGACAUCCAUGACCCCCUGCUGGCCAUUAAUUUUGCAAGGCUUUAUUUAGAGCAGAAUGACUUCCUCGAGAAAUUCUCUGGCGGCAGUGUGAUUUUGGACCGCUCCUCCGAGUCUGUGACAUGUCAGACGUUUGAGCUUACGCUCCGUUCCUGUCUGUAUCCACAUAUUGAGAGGAGAUACAUCGAAUGCUGUGGGAACCUCAUGACAACCCUGAAGAAAGACUACAGGCUUCUAGGGUACUUGCAGGCCAUGAGAAACUACUUCCUGUUGGAGGCUGGGGAUACUAUGUAUGAUUUCUACACUGCCAUCUUUGACAAAGUUCUGGAGAAGGAGAGCUGGCAGCAGCUGGCAUUCCUCAAUGUGCAGCUGCAAGAGGCUGUUGGACAGCGCCACCCAGAGGACAGCAGCCGGUUGUCCAUAUUUCUUGAAACUAUCGAUCCUGCAAGAAAAAAACAGCCAGUGAAUAACCUUGAUGGCCUUACUCUGAGUUAUAAGGUUCCAUGGCCUGUAGAUAUUGUUAUUAGUUCAGAGUGUCAGAGAAUCUACAAUCAGGUCUUCCUACUGCUGCUUCAGAUCAAAUGGGCCAAGUAUAGUCUGGACACAUUACGAUUCAGUGAUUUGACAGUAGCCGCUAAGAGGCAAGAAGGAGGCCAAUCUGAGGAAAGCACAGCCAAAGAGCCCAUAAACCAGCAGAUUCACAGGAUGUUUCUCCUGAGGGUCAAACUCAUGCACUUUGUCAACAGCCUGCACAACUACAUUAUGACUAGGAUCCUACAUAGUACAGGUCUAGAAUUUCAACACCAAGUGCAGGAGGCAAAGGACCUGGACCAGCUCAUUAAAAUCCACUACAGAUACUUGUCCACCAUUCAUGACCGAUGUCUGCUCAGAGAGAAAGUCAGUUUUGUCAAGGAGGCCAUCAUGAAAGUGCUGAAUUUGGUUCUCAUCUUCUCAGACAGAUGGCAGGCUGGUUUUGGGGCCUGGAAAAUCGAGUCGAUUGACAAAAUGGAGUCAGAUUUUAAAAACUGUCACAUGUUUCUUGUGACCAUUUUAAACAAGGCUGUGUGCAGAGGCUCAUUUCCUCAUUUGGAGUCCUUGGCGCUGUCACUAAUGGCGGGAUUUGAACAGUGUUAACAGAUUGAACAUGGCUUCAAUCCAGAGCACAGAU